UCAAGCGAGGGAAGGAGCAGCUGGAGUCCCACACUUCGCCCUCUCUCUUCUCGAAAAAACGCACUAAAUGUAAUAACAACUCUCCAUGCGCUUCUCUGACGCUUAUGUUGUUUUUUUACGCACGUCUGCGGUCUGCUAUCGGCAGAUAUUAUCGGCGGGCUGAUGGUGUUGGUCCGGCGGAGGUUGAACACAGCAAACUGUGAGAAGGAGGAGAAAGACAGACAAGAGGAAAAACUCUGGCAGCGCCGUUUUGGAGUUGGAGUUGCAGCGUAAAAAAAAAAAAAGAAAAAAAAAAAAAGUCGCAGGCAACUCCAGAGGCACAUCUGCAACUUAGGAAGAGAAGAAGAAAGAGUAUAUUUUCCCCCCUUUCCAAAGAAGAUUUUAAAUAAAAGUCAAGGAGAGGAAACCAUCCAGAAAGAAUCGUCCCGUCUCCAUGAGGUCUUGAGGAAUGAACAAUCGCCAUGGAAACCCAGUCCCAGGCCAGUUCAGCAGCUGAGAAGAAGAAGAGGGUGGAGACCAUUGUGGCUACCAAGGGCUCAUCAGCACGCAGCGACAUCAGCGAGAAGGCGGUGGCCUCCAGCACCACCUCAAACGAGGACGAGAGUUCAGGCACGCCUUACCACCGCGAGAGGCGCAAUGCCAUCAGCUCCCAGGCCCCGACGGCCGGCGGCCCCGACAGGAGCGUGAACGAGGAGCCGUCCACCUCCACGGAGGAGAGGCCUUCGCUGCUCAAGAAGGAGCUGCACGGUUCCCUGCCCCAUCUGGCCGACCAUGCCCUGCCGUAUCGAGGCACGCUGUUCGCGAUGGACCCCCGCAAUGGCUACUUAGAUUCGCACUAUCCUGCUCCACAGUUCUUCCCGACCUUCCACCCUCCGGUGCCCAUCGACGACAGACAUACCCAGGGACGUUACAUCUACGAGCCUUCCCCCGUGCCCCCUCUCCAUGUGCCUCCGGCGCUGGCGGGCAGUCCAGCUUUCUCCGACAUCUCCCUCAUUCGGAUCUCGCCCCAGCGGAACCCAUCCGUGGGGGCCGAGUCGCCCUUCCACCCUCCGCAUCCCUACAUCAACCCAUACAUGGACUACAUCCGCUCUCUCCACAGCAGCCCCUCCAUCUCCGUUCUGUCGGCCACCCGGGGCCUCAGCCCUGCAGAUGCCCCUCACACAGGUCUGACCACAGCCGAGUACUACCACCAGAUGGCUCUGCUGGCGGGCCACCGAAGCCCUUACACCACCGACCUGCUCCCGUCUGUGGCGUCCACGGCCGGGGCGAGCACCGCCAGCGCCCUGCACAUGGAGUAUCUGCAGGCGAUGGAGAGCUCUCGUUUCCCCAGCCCGAGGCUCCCAUCACGGCCCAGCAGGAAGCGCCCCCUGCCCAUCUCGCCCCUCUCCGAGCACAGCUUUGACCUGCAGACCAUGAUCCGCAACUCGCCCAACUCUCUCGUCACCAUGCUCAACAACUCUCGCUCCAGCUCGUCCACCAGCGGCUCGUACGGUCACCUGUCAGCCGGAGCCAUCAGCCCAGCGCUGAGCUUCGCCUACCCUCCGACCCCAGUGGCUCUUCACGUGCACCAGCAGCUGAUCGGACGCCAACCGGGCAUCGUGGGCUCCGCCUUCGGCCACAGCCCCCCCCUCAUUCACCCGACGCCGGCCUUCGCCACCCAGCGACCCGUGCCCGGCAUCCCCCCGUCCGGGCUCAGCGCCAGCGAGCGCUCAGCCAUCGUCAACGACUCCUCGCAGACCAAACCUACGAGUGAAUCUGCCGUGAGCAGCACAGGAGACCCGAUGCACCACAAACGCUCCAAAAUGAAACCGGAGGAAGAGUUGCCGAGCCCCGGCGCCGUCAGCGUACAGGACCAUCCUGAUGGCAUGACUCUGGUGAAGGAGGAAGGGGACAAGGACGAGAGCAAACAGGAGCCGGAGGUGGUUUAUGAGACGAACUGCCACUGGGAGAACUGCUGCAGAGAGUUUGACACCCAGGAGCAACUCGUGCAACACAUCAACAAUGACCACAUCCACGGGGAGAAGAAGGAAUUUGUGUGUCGGUGGGAGGAAUGCUCUCGAGAGCAGAAGCCCUUCAAGGCACAGUACAUGCUGGUGGUCCACAUGCGCAGGCAUACUGGGGAGAAACCACACAAGUGCACAUUUGAAGGCUGUACCAAGGCCUACUCCCGCCUGGAAAACCUUAAGACUCACUUACGUUCCCAUACUGGAGAGAAACCUUAUGUGUGCGAACACGAGGGCUGCAACAAGGCUUUCUCCAAUGCGUCAGACCGGGCAAAACAUCAGAAUCGCACACACUCAAAUGAGAAACCCUAUGUGUGUAAAAUCCCAGGCUGCACCAAACGCUACACGGAUCCCAGCUCCUUACGCAAGCACGUCAAGACGGUACACGGGCCGGAGGCGCACGUCACCAAGAAACAGCGUGGAGAUUACCCACGCCCUCCGCCCCAGCCUCGGGAGCCUGGAGGCAACAGUCAGGGUCGGUCGCCAGGGCAACUGCCCCUGGGUGGGUACACGGACCAAAGGGAGUACAACCAUGCUACCUCAAAACAGGAUGAAUGUCUGCAGGUCAAGUCUAUCAAGACAGAGAAGCCCAUGACGUCUCAGCCAAGCCCUGGCGGUCAGUCUACAUGCAGCAGUGACCAGUCCCCCGUCAGCACCUAUCCCAGCAGUGGAGUCCAGCUUGCUGUGAGCGCCGGACGCUCGCCAGGGGAGGGGCUGGAGGAGGACGAGGAGAAAGAGGAAAAUGAAGAGGAGCUAGAGGAGUGUGAGGGUGAGCCAGCCCCCAUCAUGGACUCCACAGUCUCCACAGCGACCGCGGCCAUGCUGACCCUGCAGGCGAGGCGAAGCAUCGGCCGCCCCCUGCGCUGGAUGGAGCACAUCAAGAUGGAGAGGCUGAAGCAGGUGAACGGAGCGCUGCCCAGGCUGGGGCCACUGUCCCCUACACCGCCCCCCAAAGGCACUGCAGUACCCAACAUCCUGGGGAAGGGAUCCUGCCUGGGCAGGCAGUGGGGGGUGUCUGUUCCUCAGCCACCUGCUCCUGCUGAGCUGGGCAGCACGGAGCUAACGGUGCUCAAUUUGCUCCGAGACCGGCGUGACAGCAGCGGUAGCGCCACCAGUUCAGCCUACCUGAGCAGCAGCCGACGCUCCUCGGGCAUCUCCCCCUGCUUCUCCAGUCGACGCUCCAGCCAGGCUUCCCAGAGUGAGGGUACAAUGGCAGCCGCCCACCACCGCCGCCUCCACAACCUUAGCUCCACCGAUUCUUAUGAUCCCAUCUCCACUGACGCCUCCCGCCGGUCCAGUGAGGCUAGUCACUAUGGAGGUGGGCCAGGAGGAGGGGGUGGAGGGAUACUCUCAGGUGGGGGCUGUGGAGGUAUAGGACCAGUAGGCUUCGGAGGAGGUGGGGGGUCGCGGGGGAUGCUAAAUCUGACCCCAGCACAGCACUACCACCUUAAAGCCAAGUAUGCAGCAGCAACUGGCGGCCCACCUCCCACGCCUCUACCCAACAUGGAGCGCAUGAGCUUGAAGACUCGCAUGGCCAUGAUGGAUGAGGGUGGCAGCAACCACUGCUUGCCACCUCUAGUCAGGCCACCACGCUGCAGUGAAGGCACCAAUGGGUACAACAAUGGGUAUAUGGGGCAUGCAGGUUACAGGAGGAGGAUCCUAUAUCCUGGUGAGGGACCACUGAAUGGGAACCGGAGGGCCAGUGACCCAGUGCGGACGCAGGCUCCUGAAACUUGCAAUUUUCCCCCUGUGCAACGCUUCAACAGCCUUAAUAACCUCCAUCCUCUUCCACCUCUGGCUCAUCAUUCUACACCUGAAUCUCGUAAUUUUAGCCUACAGAACUACACACGCUCAGAGGGAAACCUGCAGAGAGGCCUGCAGCACUCACCAUACACUCCUAGCAUUGCAGAACACGCGGCCUUAGAAGCUCUGGCCAUGGAGGAUGAUGGGGAGGCUGGCUUGUUGCUUGGGGACGAGGAUAUGCUACCAGAUGACCUGGUACAGUAUCUCCACUCCCAGGUUCAGGUGGACAGUGGCUCCUACAUGCACAAUGAGGACCAAAUAGCUUCUAGCCAAAGGGACAUCUCCCAUCUAUCCAUGGAGGAGAUAGACCAGAUCCAGACUUCAGGGUUUAAUAUGACCUUCCCUGGGUCCCACAGUCUACAGCAGCAGAUCGCAGAGAGGAAGAGCCCCAGUAAGCUUCCCAUCCAGUGGAAUGAAGUGAGCUCCGGGAGUGCUGACAGGUCCCCUCAGAGGGAACAGAACCAUCUUUCACAGUGUGGAAGGUGGCCAGGCACAGAACAUGGACCUGUAUCUGCACCAUUUGGCAGGUUUGGUAACAUGGUGGUUCAGCAACAAGUUGAUUUCCAGAACAGUUGUGCCCAGGCUAAUCAGUCUCAAAGUGCUUGCUGUGUCAACCUUGGGGUGAAGCUAGAGACAACCCCUAACUCUUGCUUGGAGAUGAAAGGCACUGGUCAUAACUCAACAAACACCUUUGGCAGGCCUAACUUCUCACAAAUCCUCGAUGGGCCUCUUCCCCAGAGCUUCAAACAGCAGGCCUCCAUUGGACCUCAAAAGCAGAGCCACUUCCAGCAGAACCACAACAGCAGCACCUCUUGCCAGGUUGGAAACAACCUACUCCUUAGCAGGGCAUCCAUGGACAGCCUCCCUAGCCUCUCCCAGGGUACUGCUCUUCAUCACAAUCGGCUCACACAUGCCCCUCGCCCACCAAUCAACGGUUACAGGAAUUCGGUCAGGACCCAGCAGUACCUCAAUCCUGAGACCUCCAAUGAAAUCCAAUCUUGCCCCAACCAGCAGCAACAACUGCAGAGGAGUGGGGACCACUGUUCCCUUGCACAUCAGGUUUCUGGGCUGAAACUGGAGACCCAGGACCAUGGAUACUUAGAGCAGGCCUUUGGUGACUGCCUCUCUUACGAACCAGCAGAUCGCAAGGCCUCCUCAUUCCCUGUUCUGGAGGACCAGUGCUUGCUGGACUCCAUAGCUGAGUCUGAAGGACAAGGUGGUGGCAAUGGCAAUGGGAACUCUGUUGCCCUUCUCUCCCCUGGUGUUGACCAGGUGACCAGCACAGUGGACGGCAACGUACCUGGUGUAUUAGAUGAAGGGGUAAGUCUGGACUUUGGUGCCAUGCUGGAGGAUGGCUACGACCAGGGUAGCCUGGUCUCAGGGGUGUUGAGUCCCUCCAUCUUCCAGGGUCUGUCCAGGACAUCCUCACGCCUCACCACCCCUCGAGCAUCCGCUACCUUCCAUAGCGUGGCCCCCGGGCUAAACAACAUGGCCAUUGGAGACAUGAGCUCUCUCCUCACCACCCUCGCUGAGGAGAGCAAGUUCCUGGCGAUCAUGCAGUAGCUGCUCUCUCUCUCUGCUUUCUCCUCCCUUAGGAAAAAUGGAAAAUAGGAAGAGAAAAACUCUGGUGUAUGUGAAGAUUAAGACAAAAGUGGCAAUUAUGAGAACUUUAUUAUGUACUUAAAAGUGUUCUGAAACAGCAGUUGCCAAACCCUUUUAUUUUGUAAAAAUGUCAUCCCACACAGAAAUGGGAUGUGUCAAAAUUAUGUAUAAAUAAAUAGUUAUAUUCCUUUUCUGGAAUGAAGGCUAUUUUUGGAAGCCCUUCGCUUUGUAUAACUAUGUGAUGGUGAGCAAAAGCUCACUUCCUUGAAUCAGUAUUCUGUGUAUUGUCACUGUUUUUGCUGUACGCGCUGUUGGUAAAAAUGCAUGUACUCAAGCUAAACAUUGAACACUGUCUAUAUAAGUACAUAGACUAGCCCAUGUUGCCAAGUGUCAACCGUUCUAAUCCUACAGGUACAAUGCCGCUAAAUCCAUUCUCGUUAUAGCAGGUGAGACAUGGGUCAUUAACUUAACCGGCCCUGAUGACAACUUUAUAUAUCAUAGGUUUUAAUAAGUGGUAUAAUUACAUUUGUUGUCAUUUUGUUUCUGUAAGUUACUUUUGUGAAGCUGUAGAUGUUUCCGUGCUUCUACCAAGUUUUACCAAGUGAUGUUUUUGUCAAGAUGGUAUUGAGUCCAAAAAAAAUAAAAAAAAUGGACAACACAUCCGAGUUUUCAAGGCACCGUAGAUUGUCGUCUACUUGAUAUCUAAAUGGCUUGAUUUAGUUAGUCUGGUAAGGUACUCACAAGUGUAUAUAACAGUGUUUUCAUAUUCUGUUUGUGAUCUGAUUUUUGAUGUUGGAUUGCACGGUUGUUCAGAGCUGAUGUGUAAAUGGACAUUCUCUCCUUGAUUUGGUGCUUUUAUGUAUGCUUACACGAAUUGAUAUGAGUACUUUUAUGGUUUUAAACUGUCUUAAUGAGCAACAAUGGUCCGCAGCACACACUACGUGCUGUAAAGUAAUGUGUUUUGUUUUUAUAGGAAAUCAUCCGUAUUGUUUUCUCCAAAGCUCUUAAAUUCAGAAUGUGUACUGCCAUCAAGUAUUGCAGUGACUUUGUCAACAGUGUUAGUAUUGCCUUGCAGUCUUAUGUGACUGCACACAGAAUAUUGAGUAGUUUACCUUUUAUUCAGCGUCAAAGCAAUGAGGUACAAACUGUUUUAUUGUUCUUUGGUACUUUUGUCUUUUUUGUAGCUGUGCAUUGAUGUUGUUUUUUGUUUUUGUUUUUUUUCAAAGAAGUAGAAAUCAUUUCCUUUGAAAGAAGGAAAUUACAGAGGUAUGUGCCUUAUACCUGUCGGUAAAGAGAGAGAUCACUGCCAAUCUUCCAUUGUGAAUUAUGAAAAAAAAUAAAAACUAAACAAGUGUCUCGUGAGACCUGAAAAAGAAGAUAAAAUGACAGAACAUUUAUAUAAGAAAAGUCUGAAUAUCAGAAAAGUUAAGAUUUGCGAAAUGCAUUCUACUUUUCUUUGAUUUUUUUUUUCUGUUUUUUUAAGUUUUCACAUUUAUUGUGCUUUUAUAUAUAUUAUGUAAAUACAUUACUCUUUCUGUAGGUUUAGCAGAGGAAAUGGGGGAAGUAUCCUGGGACCAAUAAAGAACUGACUUUGAAAGCAGGGAUUCCCAGGCCCUGGGUAGAGGCCAGGCGGAUCUGGCUCAGAGCGGAGCUUCAAGUGCCCAGCGCUGCCCCUCCGCCAGAAGAGCCGCUUUGCUCUUUUAUAACUGACUACAAAUGUUUGUAUGGUUUUAAUAAAAAUGGAAAUUAUA